AUGCAGGGGAGUCCCGAUUCAAACUAUUAUUGGGCUGGUCUUCCGAGUUCCGCCGUUCGUCGCAGAUACCUCGCUGCUUACCCUAGUAUCGUCUUAAACUCCUCGCGGAGAACCAGCACUCGCACUGACAAAACUACGGUCUCGAACAGCGGUCUCGGCAGCCGCCCGCCGCAAGCCACGCCGCCAACCAAGACUGGAGAUGCGACGUCAGGUCCUCCUAGGUCUCCCGCCAGCCCCACCGGCAUCAUCACAAAUCCGCUGGUGGACUCUGCGCUGGCCGCCGAUCAGCGCGAAGAGAUUUUAGCAACUAGCGAACUCUCGCUGCGCAGCGCUUGUCUCGGCGCGUGCUGA